UAACAACUGUAAAUCAAACUCUAAAUCAAAUGCAUGUGCAAGUCAAUUUACUGCACAAGGCACGUACACUACUAAUACAUGUACUAUGUAUUGUACCAUUAUUGUACCAUUAUUGUACCAUCUGGUGCCACCCGGUAAUUAUCCGAACCGUUGCCCUUGACAGCCGACAUGAAUUAAAGUGUUACCGUAUUACCGUAUUACCGUACCUACACUGUACCUACACCCUCAUAAUGUCUUACAAUUGCCCCUCCCCCACCAUUCUAGGCUUCGCGUUCUUUUUUGUUAGAUCCAAAACAUCGUCAACAACAAUAACAACAAAGUUAACACUGUAGAUUUCGUCGCUAUUCUUUACCACCAUAACGCCUGAUUCAAGAUGGCUGCGCCCGGUAAACUCUUCUCCCUUGAAGGGAAAGGCCUGAAGCUAGAUACGGCUCAGGAUCUCGAGGCGCAUAUCGGUCCGCUAAGGGCUAUGGACGACGUUGAGGAAGUACGCAUCCUGGGAAACACUCUGGGUGUCGAAGCCUGCAAACUUCUUGGAGAAGUCUUGGCCACCAAGAAGUUGCUGAAGGUCGCAAACCUGGCUGACAUAUUUACGGGUCGCCUGCUAAACGAGAUCCCUGAGGCCCUCUCCUCUCUGCUCACCUCCAUCCUCAACUUGCCCAAUCUUCGUACCAUCAACCUGAACGAUAAUGCUUUCGGUCUCAACACCCAAGCGCCCUUGGUCGCUUUCCUGUCUAGCCACGUGCCGCUCCAGCACUUAUACCUCAACAACAACGGACUGGGACCUCAUGCCGGCAUACUCAUCGCCGAUGCGCUCUCGGAGCUACAUACAAAGAAGGAGGCUGCUAGAAAGGCCGGGCAAGACGUUCCCUAUCUCGAGACCGUCAUCUGCGGUCGUAACCGAUUGGAAAACGGAAGCAUGCUUGCUUGGGCCAAGACCUUCAGCCUUCAUGACCGGGUUAAAGAAGUCAAGAUGGUCCAAAACGGUAUCAGGCAAGAAGGAAUCGAGCAAUUGCUCACCUCGGGCCUGAACCACACUAUCGGGAUCAAGAUUCUAGAUCUACAAGACAACACCUUUACCAUCAAGGGCGCGAGAGCAUUGGCAAAGGUUGUCCCUCUCUGGACAGACAUACAAGAGCUUGGAAUCGGCGACUCCCUACUUGGCGCCAAGGGUGGUGUCCUCCUCGCCGACGUCCUUUCCAAGGGUCAAAACCAGAAGCUGGAAACGCUUCGCCUGCAAUACAACGACAUCACAGCCGUAGGCGUCAAGGGCUUCGCAUCGGCAGCCAAGGCCGGUCUCCCGGCGCUAAGGCGCAUCGAACUAAACGGCAACAAAUUCUCCGAAGAUGACGAGUCGAUCCUAGCCCUACAAGAGCUGCUCGACGAGCGGAAAGAGAAGCACGGCGGCGACUUCAUCGACGAGGACACCUGGGGCGUCGACAGCCUAAGCGAUCUCGAGGAUCUAGACUCGGAUGAGGAAGAAGAGGAGGAGGAGGAGGAGGAGGAAGAGGAAGAACCCUCUACGGAAGAGAAGGCCGAGAAGCUAAUCAAGGAGGCCGAGGAGGCUCAAGAAGAACCCACGGUGCAGCUCAAGGACGACGACGUCGACGCCUUGGCCAAGAAGCUGGCGCAGACCGGGAUCUAGCUAGCUAGGUACCUAGAUAUAAAAAAGAAAUGCAUACCUACCUCCCAGCCAGGUAGGUAUGUACAUAUAGAUAGUUACGAUUCCCUACGCAGGCACCGCGCAGAAACGCAGAAG